CCACUUGACUUUAAUUUGCUCUAGUACGCGUCAUCUUUACAGACUCGCCUCCACGCAUUGUGGGCUAUACUUUCUGCCUGGGCCAUUAUUAUUAUUAUUUAAAGGGAAAAAAUCAAACACAGACAUAAACAAGCAAACAAAGCAAAACAAACAAAGCCCAGCUGACAUUACCGACGCCUUCACAACCACAUGCCCUUCCCUCUUUGAUUUUUGGGGGGACUUUUUAAGAAGCGGAAGGCGAAUUUGUUUGAGCACACGUUGUCAGGAUGAGCUGAUGUGAGCGCUGCAUCAAGUGCGCGGUGGUGAUGCUCCCGUAUAAAACAGCCCGCCGUAUUUUGGCACAGAGGAGGAUGCAUCACUUUAACCCUCGGCUCUGCCCUCCGGACUCGCCCAUACAGUGCUCAGCUUAGAUAAGUUGAGAGGGGAUGUGUGAUGCCAUUGCAAGGAAUCCUACUACUCGAUAUUCCCGAGGAUCUCUCUCGGUUCGUUUUUUCCUUCAACUUCGAUGGCUUGAGUGGUCCAUUUGCGCUCAUGCUUGCAGCCGAGGAGGGAUGUAAGGUACGGGCAUCUACCGCCCUCACAUUGCACGGAGUAGCGGCGUGAUUCAGGUCGCUAUCUGAGUGCCAGAAAGCAAAAAACUACUUUGGAGAUGUGAAUUAUCGAGAUUUGCCACUCAUUCCACCGGCUCGCCUGUCCUAUGCUAUCGACAACGGGAUUUCAAGAGGAAAAUGAUUGUGGCAUAAACUAUUUCUGGAGACGCCUGUCACAGAUAUCGCCGCUGAACUGGAUAGGGUGGAUGGUUAUUUCCCAAACAGUUCAAGCCUAUGUAUACUGCAUUCAUUUGUUGGAAACGCUGCCUAGUAUCUUCGAGAACAGCGCAAGAGGAAUGCUGUGCCAAGAUCUAAUGCCAUUUACUUUAAGUUUUUGGCCUUUUUUCUUCGGUCAUUGCCUUCUCUCACUGUUGUUACUCUCGUGCCAGGGAGAGCUCCAGAGGUCAUGCUCACGGACUGUGGCGGAGAAAGUUAGUGAACAGUGCCAGCUGGCAUGCCACUGUAGAAGAUACCCUCCACUUCCACCGCCGCCGCCUCCACCGCCGCCCCCGCGGCUACUGGGCACCACAGUGGAAAAGCCCAAGGUGCAAUUGUGGAGGCCGUGGUGGAUGGAGAUGGACAUCGUAGUUCUCGGAACGGUGGGCUGUGCCUCACUUAUCUUCCUCCUCUCAGCUAUCAUCAUCUGCUACAAAGCUAUCAAGAGGAAACCACUCCGAAAAGAAGAGAACGGGACAAGUCGUGGGGAGUAUGCCAUGAGCAUCCGUAACAAGAAGGCCAUGGGUACAAACAACACUGUGGUAUAGACUGUCCUGGUAAACAUGAAGUGACAUCACCAUUGUCGCUCACCUUAUCCUGACUACAACAGUUCCCUCUCACCUUGAAUGAAUGCGAGUGGGUUUCACCCCAGGUUUUCAGAUUGGUAAAACUUCCCUCUUUGCCUGGCACGUUGCCCGGACUGAAGACACCAUUCACCUCGAGAAAAGCUAAAAAGAUCGACGGGGGGGAAAAAAUCAAGACAGAAAGGACACAGAGAAAGAUCCACAACCCCCCACGGUGUCGAAAGUGGCACAGCAAGCUGAACAUUAUGCUCUUAGUAACAGCAAGUGUUGCUGACAGGCUGGUUGGCUGCCGGCUGGAGAGGGACUGUCUGCCAGUCUGCUGCAGAUCCAGACCUCACGCACUGUUGACAUCUGCAAUGGAACAACAGACAAUACAGCAGCCCUGCAGUCCCACGGGCAGCCAGACAAGACAGCCCAUCACACACAACAAAUAACAUGCAUGCAGUUUUUACAGAGAAUGCAACAUUUUUUUAUAUUCCAACCCUCGCACUGUCCGUUUUUUUCCCCUCCAUUUUUGAGACAGAUGCUUUGUGAGAAACACGAUGUUGCUGCCGGUCCUGGCUCUGAGAUGUGGAUUCCUCUGACUAUGCAAUUUAAAGAAAUCCAUAUAAACAAAGGAGGAGCAGAAACAUCAACAUGGGACAUUCUGGUUAUUUCGCCAUGCCAAAACAGGCUACAGAAGGCUCAAUGUAAUAUAUAUAUAUUUCAGUCAUCCGUGUAUUUAUUUCCUCUAUUUAUUUACUUGUCUAUCUUUGAAUUUAUUUUUCUACUUAAAAGGGAAAAACAACGGUCUUGUAAGUUACUCACAUCUUUUCAAAUCUUGAACAUCUUGACGAAUUCAUCUUAUUUCUUGAGAGCUCUGUUUUCUAAGU